CAGGAAGCCCUUCCUGGAAUCAGCUGGCUGAACCCUGCACGUUUUUUUUUUUUGACUGGAUUUUAUGUCUCUGAAGGAAAAUACUUUGCUUAUAAAUCAGGAAAAUGGUAUAUUCUUCGAAGAUGUUGACCUUUGAGGACCUCUCUGCUGCUUCGGGACUUUUUUCGAGCGGAUUAUUGAGGCCGAACCUGAAAAUCAAAAGUGAAACCGUUUCUCUCUUCUUCGUAUUUAAGUCACAAUUCCGACAUUGCAUAAUUGUUUUUGUUUUUGUGUGUGAAGCUAUUUUUUCUACAUAUAGUUUUGCGAAGCUGCGUCGUUGUUUUCUCUCUGGAACAUGUUUUUUAAUGAUUGACGCAUCGUUUCGUCAUAAGCAGCGGGCUCUUCUGCUGCUGAGGCCCCAGGUAGAGAGGAGGGAGGCGGACACGAGCAGAGCCGGAGCGGCCUCGGCUGAACCCCCGCCAGAGGACCGAAAACGGGACAAAAUAGUCACAAAUCAUAAAUAGAAAUAAUCCGUGUAAUUAGAUUUUUAUUUUAAAUUAAAUGUUAGUGAUUUUAAUGGAAAUAUUGGUGCCACUUAAUAGCAUCGGUGACUUUAGGGUGAAACUUAUUACAGAGAUGUGUAGGCUAUAAAAUGUCAGGAUAUUCUGCGAAUAGACAAAUUGACUUCCCAUGCACGCAUUCCAACGCGUUAUGUUGACCUGGGGCGAGUUCAAUCUCAAAACGUUUUGCACCGGUUUGUAACAUUUUCGGUUUCCUUGCAACGUUCUGCAACGGGCUUCGAGGUGUGUUUGAUCCCGUUUGGUGAUCGUGAAUCAGGUGUUACCCAAGCAGCUCUUAAAAGUAUGUAAAUACAACGGCGUUAAAAAGGCAGGGAAAUGCAGUUGGCUUGCGUGUGUCUUUUUGUUUUUUGGUCCGUCCCACAUUUGAGGCAGUGAGGGACACACUGGCCACACAUGCUCAGCGAUUUUUCCAGACAAGCGGGGAAAGCUGCAAAACAAGGAUGACUGCCUGUUUUAACUCAUCUGAUCCAGUUGCGGUGAACGCCGGAUUACUGUACGAUGACAACGCUGAAGAUGGAGACCUCUGGAGUAGAGGAGGUCAAAGCGGCCCCCUCCCCCUCUGCUCCGCCUCCUCCGCCCCUCCUGACUCCCGCUGCCUGGUCUGUCGAGACCGGAUCGUGUUCGCCGUGUGCCGCAAUCUGACCCACGCUGUGGAGAUGAUGAUGGAGGCCGAAGGACACCAGGUCAAGAUCUCAAAGAGCGAAUGUCCCAAACUUCGCUCUGAUGAUGCUCCACAAUGGCAGCUCCCCGUUUCCAUCCUCCUCCUCCUCUUCCUCCUCAUCGGGGUGCUUUUAUUCAUCUGUUGUAAAUGCUACAGAAAAUCAAAGAAGCAGAGACGAAAUACUACAAUUUCUCACGGAAACUUGGCACCCCCGAUGGGAUGGAUGAGGGAUUCGGACUCUGUUGAGCAACAGAAGCUGGCUUAUCUAUGGGAAAUCCUUCCUACUGGGAGGAGCUGUGUUCAGCAGAGCCCUGACCUUCCCUCCGUUCCAGAGAGAAAUGGAAAACAACUAACAAGAAAAGAAACCACAGAAGGUGAAUCACUCGCUCGGACUGACCAGACACCAUGAAGGAGAUCCGCUGACUAACUUAUAUUUUCUACAUUCAUAACUUUUCUGACGUAAAUUGUAGCUGUUAAAAUACUAAUAAAAUUAACCCCCCUGCAUAGAAAUAUUUAUAUAAAAUAUUUAUUCCAGCAUCCUUUGCACUGUGCUGUCACUUUACACUUGCCCUGCUGUCUCACUGCCUACAAAUGUUGUUUCUGUUUAUAGUGUAGUCUGCUUCUUGCCUAGACUUUCGCUAACACUUGUUUACGCUGUCCUGUGAAUGUAAAUCAAGAGCAAAGUGUCACCCAAACUUACGUAAAUGUCAUUUGUCUCUAUUUUAUCCUGUCGAUAAUAAACGUAGUAAAAAGAGCA